GAUUUCACCUCCGCUGAUCUUCAGAGCAGUCGCAUGCCUUUGCUCGGUCCUUCGACCACCGACGAGCAAGCUGCGGCCAUCUUGACCACCAUCUGGACCGCCACUAAUUCAACUUUAAGGAUCCGCUGGCAGGGGCAACUUGCAGCUGAUGCUCUAGCGGCUGUGGAGGAGCAACAUAUCAUCAAUGAAGCAUCCACCCAGCGUGCGGCCGCUGAAAAGCUUCAAGCCGACCUGCUUGCUGAAGAGGACAAGAAGAAAAACCAUCUACACCAUAUUCCCAUCCCUGACCGCCCUUGUCCCACACGGGCUUCCGAAGCUAUACUUGUGUCUGACUUCACUCUACGUAAAUUGGACAAAGUACAAUUCAUUGAGCUUUACUACUGGACCAACAAAGGGCUUGCAGAUGCGCGGCUGAAUUUCCACACUACUGAUGACAAUAGUUUAGUACUG